UGACAGGUGAGAGCUGUCCUACUCUGUUCACUCUCGCCAUAAAACCGCGCUGUGACCAGAGAGGACGGGCUGGUCUUAACCUGCUGAACAGGUACCGCGGCGGUCGGACGAGCGGGGCUAGCAAGCGAGCAGGUGAGCGCGAGCGUCAACAAACAGGAGCGGCGACGUAUUUUAGAACGCUAUUAUGGUUAGCAUGGUGCUAGCAUGUUGCCCACAGUUCACCACACCAGCCAGCUGGGGGCGCUCACUCACUGAAGCCACGACCUGAGAGCUGGGCAUCACCAUGGUGCCGGAUCAGGACCAGGACCAGGACCAGCUGUCCCUCCCCCUGCCACCAGAGGGCGCCCCGGACUUGGAGUGUGCCAUAUGCUUCAGCCAGUUCAACAACGUCUUCCGCACUCCCAAGAUGCUCCAGUGCAAGCACACCUUCUGCCUGGAGUGCCUCGCCCGCAUGAACGUCAAGUCCUCGGAGCCCGACGCCAUCCACUGCCCGCUGUGCCGCGGGGUGACCACCCUGCCCGACCUGGGGCUCCCCAAACUGGAGACCAACCCCACCGUCCUGUCCUACCUGCCCCGGGCCAUGCAGCGUGUCUGCAGCAUCCGGUUCAGCCGCAGCCGGGGCCGGCUGCAGGUCAAAGGGCCCCCCACCGUCAGCGACUCCCUGGACCUGGGGCUCCCCGCCCACUGCCCCGCCUCGGGCGACGCCCCUCAGCCGGGCAGCAUCCUGCCGUGCUCCGGCAAGCCCUUCUGCCACCUCCUCGUUAUGCUCUCCGGCAUCCUGCUGCUGGUGCUGAUCACCUGCAUCAUCAUCAUCAUCCUCAAACCGAAGGCAUGAGGAGACCUCUGCUCAUCUUCAUCUUCAUCAUCAUCAUCAUCAUCCUCAAACCGAAGGCAUGAGGAGACCUCUGCUCAUCUUCAUCUUCAUCAUCAUCAUCGUCAUCCUCAAACCGAAGGCAUGAGGAGACCUCUGCUCAUCUUCAUCCUCAUCAUCAUCAUCGUCGUCAUCCUCAAACCGCAGGCAUGAGACCUCUGCUCACCUUCAUCCUCCUCCUCAUCCUCAAACUGCAUUCAUGAGAGCCCUGCUCACCUUCAUC